CGGCGGAGGUGGAGUGGAGGUACAAGCGGCAGCCACCAGCCAGUGCGUCUGCUGUCUCUGUCGGAGUGACCGGACACACCUCUGUUGACCUAUUUCUGAUUAUUGCAUUGAAACUUAACUAUUUAUACUUUAAGGGCAUAAAAGCGGACACCCCCGUUUUUGCUAUUAGUGCAAUUUAAUAAUAAAAUAUAGCCUUUGCUUGGAACUAUUUCCGACGUAAAAACCGUGUUUUAUGCAGUGCUUUUGUUUAUCUAUUUGAACAGUCAAAAUGCUGAUAUUGGUUUGACACAGGCACCCUGGAGAAAUAAUACAUCAAGGGAGAGCUAAUAUGGCUCUCGUAAAAUCUGAUUUGGAGUUGGACUUAAAGCUGGUUUGCGGAUAACGGAAACAUGGAAUCAGACCUUCCCCCAGGAUCCUGCAACUCUACUGGACAUUUGUCCACCAUUGGAUACCAUACCCUGCCUGGCCGUAUGCACCACUCGGCUAGCACGCCAGCGGGCGUGGACGGUGCAGGGGGGGGCUCGCGGACUCCCCCCGCUACUCCGAAGAAAGGCGGCAAGAUGCUGGCGGUCAGGGUGCAGAUGUUGGACGACACAAUAUCCAUGUUUCAAAUACAGUCCAAGGCUGUGGGCCGUGUGCUGUUCGACCAAGUCUGCCGACAGUUGCACUUGUUGGAAGCCGAUUAUUUUGUGUUAGAGUACCAAGAUGCAAAUGGAACACGGUACUGGUUGGACGUGGAGAAGCCGAUGUGCCGGCAGUUGGGGCUGUCGAUGCUGGAGCCCACGCUGCGGUUCUGUGUCAAGUUCUACACGCCGGACCCCGCGCGCCUGGAGGAGGAGUUCACCCGGUACCUGUUCUGCCUACAAGUGAAGCGCGACUUGGCGCAGGGGUGCAUACAGUGUAAUGAGAACACGGCCGCUUUGCUGGCUAGCUACAUUGUUCAAGCUGAGUGCGGAGACUUCGUGCCUGAAGAUUACCCGGACCACACAUACCUUAGUGGAUACAAAUUCUUUCCUGGUCAAGACUCUGAAUCUGAGAGACGAAUUAUGGAAAACCACAAAAAGCAUUCCGGACAAAGUCCUGCGGAAGCGGACAUGAACUUAUUAGAGACUGCGCGAAGGUGUGAAUUAUAUGGCGUCAAGAUGCACCCAGCCAAAGACCACGAGGCCGUGCCGCUGAAUUUGGCAGUGGCGCACUUAGGCAUUCUCGUAUUCCAGAACUUUACCAAGAUCAACACCUUCAGUUGGGCUAAAAUCAGAAAAAUAUCUUUCAAAAGAAAAAAGUUCCUUAUCAAAUUGCAUCCUGAGGGUUACGGAUAUCACCGCGACAUCGUCGAGUUCUUCUUCGAGGGCCGCAACGAGUGCAAGAACUUUUGGAAGAAGUGCGUGGAAAACCACGGGUUCUUUCGCUGCUCCAGCGUGCCGCGCAUUCAGAGACACAAGGCGCGCGUCAUCUCCAGAGGCUCCUCGUUUAGGUAUAGCGGCAAAACCCAGAAGCAAAUUGUUGAUUUUGUCAGAGACAACUAUGUGAAAAGACAGACUUUCCAAAGGUCGGGCUCGUUCCGAGCGUCGCGCUCGCUGCGCUCCUCGCGCGGCAACGUGUCUCAGGCGCCCGCGCAGGGCACGCUGAACACGAGCGUGUCGGCCCAUCCGCUGCUGCCGCUGCCGCCUGGCUCUGACGCGAUUUCCCUGGAGUGGGACAAGCAACCUCACUACCUGGAGGCUUCUCUGAUGAUGAAGGGCUACACAGCGGAGGAGGCGGCGCAGGCGGCGCGGCGCACUCGGCGACCUUCGGAGGGCGCGCCUCGCCCGCCGUUCACAGCUACCGCCUAUGCCGCCACGAGGGACAAGCUAUCAAAACUGUACUGCAAGCAAAUCGGGGCUCCCGAACUAGUGACCCGUGCAGAGGUCAAUCAUCAUCCUACGGAGGAUUCGCCUCUGCCUCUUCGGACGACGACACCGUUGGUUUCUCCGGAGAGUAUAUGGAGCCAGGCGAGUUCGUGUCGCGCGAAUGGUCGCGCACGCGCACCCACUCCGCCACCUCGUGCCCCGCGCCCUGCAGCAGGUCAGAGUCCUCCGCCGGCUACGGCCAUACUCACGCACACUCACACUGCCACCCGCCCUGCCACCGUCUGUCCCGCCUCCCGCUCCCCGGACCCUAGCCCUUAUCCAGAGUUUCUCCUCGCUAAACAGUCUUCCAGCUUUAAGAAAUCCUCAGAGAGGCUCGAGUAUGAGCUGUCGCAGUCUAAUAUAUACUCGACCUGCCCCUCUACACGGUCUAGUCGAUCGGGCGGGUCGCUCCUCAUCGAGGAAGUGGACGAUGGCUUGCGUGCCAGAGUAGUAUGGCGUCGUAGUGCUAGCUGCCGUAACCUACGCGACUUUAGCUUUGAUGACGCUGGCCGUGCGAAACGCAGAGCAAAUAAACAGACACGAGACACUCGUAGCAUGUUUGCCGAUUUAGAUUCGUACUGUCCGGUAGGAGACCGUUGUGUAGAUUCGCCUAUCACGCGGUACGACGACGCUCGUACAUUAGCUUUUGUUCUCGGAAAUCAAAGUUCUAUAGAAUUCCAGAGGGAAAUGAUAGGCAGGACUUAUUCUUCUAGUUUUCCAGGGGCGACUAGUGAGCCUAGGUUGGAUUUACCAACGUUUGUUCGCAGUGGGUCUCAGGAUGAUAUUUCACAUGACAGUUACGAAUUGAUUGAAAGAUCCGACGAUGAGUGCUCAGAAAACCGUCGUUACGCUAGAGUGCUGCCUCGUUCCGUGGCGCACACUCGUUCAUGCUCUUUAGAUUCAGGUAACGACCUUCCUUCAGACGAUGAAUCACUGUCUCACCUAUCUGAAGUCGAUGACCAGGACAUGAAUAUUAAUUUGAACAGUAUUAAGUACAAAAGUGACAAUGAUCUACCGUUUGAUCCAUUCCUUCUAGAUGAUCCACGGAUUUUGCCCCGGGAAAAACUUUCCGUUCGAUCUGAUGGCAGCUUUUAUAAAGAAAUAAAGAGAGGUCUUGGUUCCAGAGCUUCGAGCCAAGAAUCUAAAAGUGACUUUGGUGAAAAAAUAUCUAAAAGUAGCGCAGAGUCAAGUAAAAAAUCUCGAGAUAGUGUGUAUCACACUGAUAGCAAGAAGUCGCGUGAAACGUUGAAGAGUAAAAGUUCUGAUAGAUCGGGCUCGAGGACAUCGAGUCAAAAUUCAAAGUCUGACUACUACGACUGUAAAAAGAACUUAUACGAUAAUGAAAAUGAUGUCAAUAUCAGAAGGCGUAGUGUCACUAGUAUACAGAAUGCAUACAUAGAUCCUUUUGAACCUGUAUCGCCAUCGUCUAGUCCUGACUCUAAUAAAGAUUUUUAUGAUACUCAAUCUACUUUUAUCGAAAUGGAAAAACUAGAGUAUAGGGAUAAGAUGCUUUUCGACAAGUCGCAUGAAGACUUAAUCGCAAACUUGUCAGAUGUUCCCAAUUUAUAUCAGAUCCCUACUCCGUACUCUACGUUUCCGAGUAAUAAUAAACACCGAGAACAUAGUCCUAUGCAUUCUGCAAGUCUUCAGAAUGUGGAAUUAGAUCAGUACAUUCAUUUUUCGGAUGUGAGUCCUCCUAAAAAGACGGACGAUUUCUCGACGGAAGAAGAAGAUAUGCCUCCUCAAACUACUCAUAUAUGGCCUGAAAAAAUUGUUGGCCUGGACACUGAAGUCGAUAGUAGUCGCGCGUCAAAAAUACAGAGCUACCAGCGUCGCCGUUCUUCUGAAACUGUAUUUAGCUUCGAUAAAGAGAAAAUAGAGUCAUUGACUAGUUCACUUAGUAAAGAUUCAACCACUUCGCACCUUGUGAAGGAAUCAUCCAACGAAUCUGAUGUAAAUGUACGUAUACUGCCCGCUAUGGAUAGUAUUGAAUAUGCGAAAAACAAAGCUAAAACUGCCUCCAUUCAACCGGGAACUUCGUCUAUCUUGCAAUCUGAGUUUGAUAAAUCAAUGCGGGGAAGAGUUUACACGCACAUGGUAAGGAAAGAAAAUUUAAAAGAGGAACUUAUGGCUAAAACUCAUUUUGACGAAUAUAACCCUAAGUUGAUCCUUGAAACUAGUUCAAGCAGCCGUUUGGCAGAUACGUCUAUCCCAUAUACGCAUCCAACUGUAGAACGCACUAAAAGUGACCCAAAUAGCCUCGCUAAUAGGCCUAGGUUUAGUAGUGUAAACUCUCGAAGACAUGUUUUGAUGCACCAGAAAUCUAUUGAUUUAACUCCUGCUGAAUCUAGCGACGAUGAUUAUAUAUUCCGUCAAAUACCAAGCGCUCCACCCAUUGCAACAAAGCGCUCACAUUUCGAACUGCCCUCAAGAGUCCCAGAUCACGGACGUCCACCAUUUGAUUUGCCAAAAAAUUAUUUUAAAGAAUUUGACGCUUUUAAAGCUGGUUUUAAGGAUAACAAAAAAAAUCCUGAUGACGGUUACGACAUACCAUAUGUACUACACAAAAGACAUGUCAUGAAUGGAACAGCUCCGUCCCCAUUAGAAGACAAGAGACAACCUCCUGAUAUUAUAAUGCUUCCGCCACAAAAUGGACGUCACAUUCUUAAUGCGCAUUCUAGGUGCAAGUACCACGACCAUCCUAAGUCACCACGUUCACCGAAAUCACCAAAAUCACCGAAGUCUCCAAAAUCGCCAAAGUCUCCAAAAUCUCCAAAGUCUCCUAAAUCCCCUAAAUCUCCAAAAUCGCCUAGAAACAGCAUUCAAGUCGAUCACGCAUCUAAAUUUUUAGAAGUUGAGAAUCGAGACUUUUUGUUUACUCAAAAUAUUGACUUGUCCAAGGUAGACCCAGUUACAUUAGAAGUAGAUAAGAGUGGGCAACUGCAGCAUCUGCCAAGUCCUAAAAGGGAUAUAUCUAAACAUUUGGAUCCGGCACUUCUAGAAACUUUAAACUCAAAGUUGAGUCAGAUCGAAAGUGAUUCUGCUACUAGUUCGAAAACCGACAGUAUACGGCAGGAAACACAAUAUUCUCAUGAUAUUAAGUUUGCUAUCAAUGGCCGUAAUGUUCAACAGCCCCCUAUUUGUAAGGACCCUAAACCGAUGUCAGCAGCUGAAAAACUACGCGCAGAUAUUAAAUCGAAAUCAGAUAAACUACCAUCUAAAAGAGGUCAAAAAGCUCGAGGAACUGGAAAAAAAGGAAGCUGUUGUAAAAUAAAAGGUAAAACUAAUAACAAAAUAAGGAUUACUUCCUUCUCCUCUGACGAUGAAAGUGUUGAUUCGGAUGAUGUGUUUGGUACAACUGAAGCGGCACCUAAGCUUGAAUUUUCACCACCGCAAUCACGUAAAGAUCUCGAACCAAUCUUACAGCUUGAGUAUGAUAAAAUUACAUCAGGUGCUUGGCAUAGAGGCCAAACAAUGAGCUCUACUGAAAUUGAAGGUUCCCCACCUCAGUGUAGGAGAUUAGUUGAACUGGAAGCAAAGUACAAUCCUCAAAUACUUGAGAGUAUUUCCGGAAAUGCUACAGAGUUACGAAGGAUUUCUGAACGGUCAAUUUCAAUACCUAGUUCUGAGGAUGAUAUAGCUAUAAAAACUCCAGAAGUUAAGCAACUCAGCAAAGAAAGUUCCACCUGGGAAUAUAAUGAAAAUAUUCCAUCGCCAAUAUUAGAAAGUACAGAAUUUCUGAAAAGUGACGACGAACAUUUAGCUGACAUGGAAAUUCAAAAAGUGACAGGAAUACUUACGCCGUCCGAGGAAAAGAACGAUCGUUCAAAAGAAUCUAAAAAAGACUCAAAUAGACUUGAUAUCAAAAAGAGUUUACGCGAUGAGUUGAUUUCACCUAUGCUUCGUAAAGCCGGCGGCACUCCGAUUUUAUUUGCUCAUGCUAGGUUGAAUCUAUCUGAAGGUUCGGUUUUCACUUUACAGCGUCAAAAAGCUACACAAGAUUCUCCAACUGUUAACCGUAGAGCUAAGAGUUUAGAUACACCUGUUAUACAGCUGCAUAGAUUACCACCUAUGAAUGCAUUUUCGUCUAAAGAUGAUACGGUUGAAGACAUAAACGAAGAAGGAGAAAUAUUGGAAGAAAAACCUCUAAUUGAUGAUAAAAAUCAGAAAAUCUAUGCAAAAAUAGGCGACAACAUAAGUAAAAUUGAGGAAGUUGAAGAAGAUCAGCCAUCUGAGACUCCAAAAGAUUUAAAAUAUAUAGUAAUUGAUACUGAAGAGCUUCAGUUAUUGGACGAUUUGGUCGAACAACGUCGCCCACGAUCAUUCAAGAGAAGGUAUGAUAUAACUAAAUUGAAAUCGCAAAUAAAGUCUCCUAACCGAUCACCGUUAAGUAGGUCGCCUUUGUCUAGGUCACCUAUAUCAAAAUCUCCAUCGAGGUCCCCGACAUCUUCAUUAAAUUCACCCAGAGGCAGCAUAAGAAAGUUAUCAGAUUUAAGUGAAGAUCAAAUUGUUCCAGAUAUAGAAAGAAUCAAAAGGAAAGAAAAGAAGAAAUUGACUUUAAAAUCUCGUCCCGAUGAAAAGCAGAAAAACAGCAAUAAAUUAAAUAAAGGUGGAUCUCUUGACACAAAUGCCACUAAAGUUAAGGCAUUACAAACUCAAAAGUCACUGCCAUCGUCUUUAAAAGAACGUCCAGAUUUUCUUACAGUACCUCCUCUAGAUAUGGUACGAGCUAAAAGUCAAGAAUUGGAACAAAUGUCUAAGAAAACAAUUAAAGAGAAGUCAAAAUCAUUGGAGAAAAUGGAAGUGAGACGUGGAAGUAGCAAGGAAAGGACCAAGUCGCAAGAAGAAAGCGAUACAGAAAUAGCAAAACGUAAGGAAAAGCAACAAAUGUUAUUUGAAGCAGCUCUGAAGCAAACAAAAACACUCAUCAGCCCUGUAAAAGACACGAUGCCAGCAUUUCCUCCUCCUGAAGAUAAAAUCUUGGUUAAAACGGAGGGAGAUAAAAUUAUCAUAGAAACUAAAAUCAGUAGCAAGGCUGAAGAUCAUGUUUUUAUUGCUAAAUCCCCGAAAAAACUAGAUAACAAAUUGAGUGGGAAAAUUAGCCGUAGUUUUGAGGAUCCAAAGUCAUCGAAGGCUAGUAGUAAGAUGAACAAGAGCAUGGAUGACAAAUCUAGCCAAUCGCUAGAAGAUAAAUUUGAUGAUAUUGAGGAUUUACAAAAGUCACCGAAGACUUUAUCCAAAAAACAAGAAAUAAAACAACAAAUCGAAGGCAAAGUUGUUUAUCAAAAAAUUCAAUCUAGUAUAAAAUCAAAGAGCUUAGAACGUAAAGUUGAUGUCCAUAUUGAUUCUAAAUUAAAAUCUAAAAGUCUAGACAGAAAUUAUGUUACGUCUCCAAUCAUACCUGAGUUGUUACCUACAGCUGCAGAUCGAUACUUUAAACAGGAAGUUGUUAAAGUCGACGUUCAUCCUACCGUAAAAAAGGAUGACACUGAGGAUAAAUAUGCGAAAGAAGUUUCUCCGUCACAUAGUUACAUAGAUAAAUCGGCUGAUUCCUCUAUUGAGUGGAUAACUAACUCGUCUAAUACUGUUCUAGAAAAUGAUACUCAGACGGUAAUAAUGGAACGCAGAAAAAUAGAUAUAUACAACAAACAAAGACAAACCGAAUUACAUGAAAGUAAAAGUAAUCAAAAUGUCCAAAGCUUACUUGCCGACAGGAAGCCUGAAGUAGCACAAAUAACAAGCGAAGAAGAAUCUCUUACUGAAGUAAGUGAAUUAAAACUAUUCGAUGAAAGUCACGUGUUGGGAAUUUCUUUGCCUUACAUAGAUGCUGACAGUUCUUCUGAUCAAGACCAAGCUUCGAAGAAAGAACUCGAUUCGAAAUUUUCUCGAGGUAGAAGUGAUGAUGCUAAUUCCUGGGGAGGUAUGGAUUAUGAUGGCUUCACAGAAUCGACAGAGUUGCCGUUGUCGGAUACGACCGUUAUGAAAAGAAGCAAAAAAGGUUUAGACACGCAAGGUACUUUUGAUGAAUCCUCUGCAAGUUUAGCAGAGUUUUUACUUCAAGAAUCACAAAUGUUGUCUGAAUCUGACACAGAUAAGGGUAUAAUGGCGAGUAAAAAUAAACCAAAAUCCAUUGAUUUGCCAUCUAAAUGGAAAAAUAAAAACAAAAUCAUCGUAACCCCUCCCCAAGAAAACAGCCCUACGUUGGAAAAUAUACCCUUUAUUGAUUCAAAUACCUCAAAAUCCACAAAAAAACCUGAAUCUGGAGAACAUACUGGCAGCCCAAGGAGUGCCAAUGACGUGUCACCAACAGACCAAAAGGUUUUACUAACAGCGAAAUUGAGACGUAGUGAACUGUUGAAAUUAAGUGCUGAACGGUCUCGCAGCUCAGAGUCCACUAGUUGGACGAGCAUAGAAAAGGAUGUUAGCCCUUCUAGUGCUAACAUGAAAGGUAGCUCCAUAGACGAUGAGUCCAGUGUAAGUUGUUCUAUUGCCAGGCCAUUAGGCAUAUCUCAAGAUAUCGAGAAGUUAAACAAAAAAGAUAGAGAGUGCCUCGAAGAACUUAAGCAGUCAAUGGAGUAUGGAGAAGAACAUCUACUUUCACAAUCUAUCUUAUCAAGCGAACAUUCAAAAUCAAAUUCUAAAUCUCCUUCUCCCAUUUCUGAAUUAAAUCGUAUUGAGAGUCCCCGAAGUCCAUCAAAAUUCAGUAUUAGGAAAUCACCUACACCCACACUAGAAAAACAAGGACCAGUGGAUUCACAGAAAGCUCCAACUGAUUCAGAUUCUAGUUCAGAAUCUGUUGAUAAAACUGUUGAACAGCUUUCAAGACCUAAUGUGAGAAAAAGUGGCUUAGAGAAAAUAGGCAAAUGUGUUAUUGAAGAAUCUGAAUCUAGUCAAUCAGCUGCAUCUAAAGACGUUAAAAAAGAUUUACCACGAACAAUAAAGAAAACGAAAAUUGCAAUCACUAUAUCUCAAGAAGACCAAAACACAACUAUUGAUUUUGAUGAUGAUGGAAAUGUUAUUACUUCCUCGUCUUUUGAAAAAGAACUUAUGAAGAAGAGGGCUCUUAAAGAUACUGACCAAAAAAGUUCUUCUAAAUCAAGUAUGGAUACAACUACUACCACAUCUAAAGGUUCCCUCAGUGUAGAUGAUUCCUCUUCGAGAAGAAAAGGACGCCUUGACGAGCAAAAAAGUUCCUCUAAAUCGAGCAUGGAUUCUAGAGGUUCACUAAGUGUUGAAUCCAGAGGAUCUUUUGAAACUACUGAAUCAACUUCAGGUUCUUUAGGUGAAGCGUAUAGGCGUGGCGAAGAAUUAAAGCCGACAUGGAGGCCAUUCUUUGGAGCUUCAGGGAGUGAAAAUAGUACAAGUAUAGAAGAAGCGUGGAUACCACAAGAUCAUGAAGGUUAUGAAAGCUUGACAUUAAAUAAAGAAGUCUUUGAAUUUAAUAACCAACGGUCGGUCGAUGACUUUCAAACAUUUUCCAAGAAUGCGCCUUCAGUAAAUUCUUCUGAAUCGCUAGAAGUGGCAGGGGACAGAGGUGGGUUUUUUGAAACUGACUUAGCAGAUGACCUUAAUGAUUUUCCUGUUAACUUUUUGUACCCAGCUACGUCGUCUACAGCAACCGACGUUGUUAUUGGUUAUGGACAAAACUUUGGUCGCACUUUGUCUAGGAUAUCUGAACGUAGCACAGCUUCGGAAAAGACGAGUGCAGAUGAAGAUUCGACCAAGGCUUGUUCAAGGUCUGAAAGCAUUAAUGAAGAGUCUUUGAAUUCUAGUGACCAUCAAGCUAGUCUCAGUUCGGAUCCACCUAGUAACGCUAAUGUAGCUUAUAUUUCGGAUACGGAUAGAAGAACUUCCGCUGAGAUGCCUGAUAUACCAAUAGAUCAGAGCAAAAUAAGUGAAAUGUAUUCAGAAUCUAAAAAAGGCAUAGACAAGAAAACUAAGACCUCAAGUAAUCAGGAAUCCAAAGUCUUGCACGAAGACUUUCAAAAGAUUAGCACGGACACUCGCACGGCUUCAUUAAAACAAUAUCCCCCCAGUGAAAGUCAAGACUCUGACGACUGGCCGUUACCUGAACUUCCAACUCAAGCGUCUAAAGCAACAGACGUUAAUAGUACCAGAAGAUCGAGUGACUAUGAUCAAUGGCCCUCUCCGCCUUCAAGUUUAUUGGAGACUCCAAUUGUAGAAAAAGUCCAUAUAUAUUAUAUGAGUAACGAGCCUGAACAAGCUAUGAAGGUCACUAUUCAACCUGAAAGUAUAGGAAAUAUGCAAGGUUCUGAUGAUGAUAGUGAUACGCUAAACAAUGAUGAAGAUUAUGAGGAGGAUGGCCAAGAUGUAGAAUCCGUGAAACAAGCACAGAAAAAAGGAGAUAGAAAUGUACACAAAAGUAUUAAAAUAAUACCUUACGAACAGUCUGGAUACAUGGUUGAACCCUUAGAAAAACAAGACGAGACGGCGUGCUUAAACAAGGGAGUGGUGCCCAAUUACGAUCAAUCAUGCUUAAGUGGAACGAUUAGCAAAGCUUCUUGUCUUAUUUGUGACCUGGGUUCAUGUUGUUCUCGCGCUGAACAUAAAUCUGUUGGCGUUAGAAGCAGUUUAGAAGACAAAGUUAUUAUUAGUCAGCCAUUGAAAUCACCUACUACUCAUAGUCCCAUUUUCGAGGAUGACCCCUUGUUCGCUGAUGACGUCUUCGGGGGUGAUAGUAAAUCACUAUCGCCAGAUUUAGAAAAAGGAUUUUCUCAGGUCGGAACACCUAAGUAUUCAUGUGCUUCUAAUAAUUCAGAUACAUCGAUAGAUGAUCUUCUAUCUCAGACUAAUGCUGAUGAUACUGUACGCGCGAUGACUAAAUUGAGUACUGGUAGCUCGAGCACAUGCAAACGUUGUAGUCACAGCAGUCAUUCAGAAGAAGAAACAAGUUCAUUUGGCACCGAUCUGGAUGGCACUGUCAAAAUUGGCUUACCUCAGAAAAAAUGUACUCAUAGUUCGCAUUCGGAAGACACCUCUAUAUGUUUAAGCAUUUCUGAGUGGUCUACUGGAACAAAUACAGUUCGUCAGUAUGCUAAUCUUUCUGCAUCUGAAAGCAUCUCUGCCAUUUCAGUCCCGAAAAGCGACAAAUCUGAUAAUGCAGUUGUUAAAGUACAUUCUUCUUCCCUUGCAAGUAAGUUAUCGGAUCAAAAAGUCAAAAUUGGUACACAAGCAGAUCAAGGUUCUAAAAGUAGUAGUUUAGAUAAAAGUACUGAAAAUUUUAAGUACGAUAAACUAUGCAGUUCAGAAACUACUAUAUCUAGAAAAGGAAUUGAUAGUAGCUCUGGUACCAAAAGUGAUAGCACCUUAACACUAGCUCAGUCUAUUUCUGAUUGGUCCGCUAGCACAAGUCACACAUUAAUAGCUACUGCCCGAGAAGAUCAACAAGAAGUCGAAGAUAUAAAAUCAGAUGAUACCAUAAAAAAAGAAGUUGUUUUGUCAUUAGAUGAUAAGCAGGAAACUGAAGAAAAUUAUUCAAAGAAAACAUCAAUAACCAAAGAACCUCCAAAUCUCAUGUCUGUGCUGCGAUUAACCGCAAAUUACGCUAGCAAAACUGAAAAGUCUUCGUCAAUUAGCUAUAGUGAUAAAUCUGACAAAUCAAGCUCCAGUUCUCUGAGCAGUCUCCAAAAAAAUCCUGAUGGAGUGCUACGAUUCGAACAAAGACUAAAAGGCAUAACAAACGUUAAAGAGGAUAAUCAUGAGAGAUACCAAAAGACUCCACCUAAAAGUUUCAGCUAUGAAGAGCAAACUUCCCGUUAUACGAAACCCACUCUACGUUGCCAAAGCGAGGACAGUGGGUUCAAAACAUUUUUUGUAGGACCUCAACCUGAGUUGGACAUCGAUAUACCGUCUCAGUUAUACAGCCAAGAAGAAAAACACAGUGAACGUUAUCAAAGCCAAGAAUUUUCCAACAUUAUUCGUGAAGAUAUAGGUAAUCAAUUUAUGCGCUCUGAUUAUAAACCUUUAGCCAAACAUGCCAGCUAUGACGAUAAAACAUUAUCAAAGAAUCAAAUAAAAGAAUAUAAAAUAUCUCAACAAUAUCGUACCAAGCCUAAAAGUUGGUCUUUUCAUGAACAUUACUUAACUUCCUCCGUACUGCCUGUUAUAGCUGUACCAGAAAUACCAUCCGUGCAUCGGGAUUUAUACGAUAAAAAACCCGGAGAACGGUCUGGGAAAACCCCUUUGUCUCGGUGCUCGCCUUAUUAUUCUAGCAGCCUUAGUUCAGAGUCUCCUCCAAUACAGCCUAUAAAAACCCCUGUCAAAAAAUCUUUGUUGGCACGAAAUAUAUCUCUCAAAAGUCCUCCUAGUGGGAACGAUACUGACAGCUCAUUGGACGUCAUUAGAGAUCCAAGAGAGCGAAUGAAAACAUUUAGAAGAAAAAAACAGGUUACAGGCACACGCAAGAGACAGGAAAAAAUUCAAGAUGUGUUAGAAGAAGAUUCUACCAAGAGUCAGUGUUCUUCCGAAAGUGACAAGCCACAAUGCACGAAAUAUUUGGCCGUAGAAGAAACGCUACGUCGCAUGGAGAGUUCGGAUUGCUCUGAUAGUUAUAUUCCAGAAGUUGAAUCAGGGUCUUCUGAAAUAUCAAAAGCUGAUUCUAAAAACUAUGACAUUGCUGAGCCAGUAAGUUAUUCAGAAGACGAUGAACAAGGAGACUAUAGGCAGUAUAAAAAUUCGACUUACGAUACACAACUGUGUCCCAUUAAUAUUACUCCAGUACAAUUUCAAGGAUUUGGGUCUUCCGCUGAUGAAGACGAGAUGGGAUUUCCGCGGUUUGAUAGGUUGGGUCGUCUGAGACAUCCUUAUUUGGAUUCUCAAGAACCAUCGUAUGUGCCAGAAGAUAGUCCUCCCCGGCUAUCUUAUUCAAAUAAAAGUAGUCGUCAGUCAUCUUUAAAGAAAUCUAAAUUGUCUGGUGUGUUCAGACAAUCCGACGAAAAAUCUCUUGGAGAAUCAUCUGGGCAAGUUCAAUCCCGAACGUCGUUUUUUGCAGAACAAAGCGACAGAGAUGAUUCGGACGAUUACGCUUACCCAGUGGAUACUAUUAAAAGAGCUCCAAAGAUAUCUAAAUCAAGCAGUUACCUUUUUGCACGUGGAGAUUCGAUGGUUUAUUCCGAUUCAGAGUUGCCUCAGGAUAAAGAUGAAUAUGAACGAUAUAGGGGUAGUCCUUAUCCCGAGCAAUACAAUGACAUGGGUAUGUAUCAAACCCAAGAUUGUUACCCGCAAUAUAUACAUGAGCUGCGUGAGGUUGGCGAAUCAGGCCAGGAACAUUACUCGAGAGAUCUGGAUCAACGUUUCAGUCUUAAUAACGUCGAAAGAUUUUAUUCUAGUCAUUACGUUGACUCUCAGGUAUCUAGUGACAGCCCUGAACAAAAAUUUGACGUUUCUACACUCCCUCCGCCUCUAUGCUCUGAAGAUGAAAACGAUUAAAAUGUAUUUAACAAAAUCCUUAGCUCUAAUUAGUCGGUUAUUCUAAUUCGUUGAUAUCAUUCAAUAUACGUGAAUGUUACUUAUUUA